GCUGUGCCUGGUGAGCCGGAGGGGUGCUCCACGUUCCCCCGCCCUCCUUCCGGGAGCGAGGAUGCAGACUCUAGAACUGGUGCUUCUGGGCUGAGGCGGAGGCAGGGGAAUUGCUACGCGCGCGGCUCGGCGAGUGUGUCUCCUGCGCGCCGAGAGGCGGGGGGAGGCGGAGGACCGGGAGGCGGAGGAGGAGGAGGGGGAGAAUGCCCGGAGCCGCCGCCGCCGCCGCCGCCGCGAUGCUCCCGGCUCAGGAGGCUGCCAAGCUGUACCACACCAACUAUGUGCGGAACUCGCGGGCCAUCGGCGUGCUGUGGGCCAUCUUCACCAUCUGCUUUGCCAUCGUCAACGUGGUGUGCUUCAUCCAGCCCUACUGGAUCGGCGACGGCGUGGACACCCCGCAAGCCGGCUAUUUCGGGCUCUUCCACUACUGCAUCGGUAACGGCUUCUCCCGGGAGCUGACCUGCAGGGGUAGCUUCACGGACUUCUCCACGCUGCCCUCGGGCGCCUUCAAAGCUGCCUCCUUCUUCAUCGGUCUCUCCAUGAUGCUCAUCAUCGCCUGCAUCGUUUGCUUUACCCUCUUCUUCUUCUGCAACACAGCCACCGUGUACAAGAUCUGUGCUUGGAUGCAGCUCACCUCCGAGAAGCCCACUGGAAGAUCAACUCCAAAUGAUCCUGUGACUCAGAUCACACCAUCUUCCACUCUUGUCUCUGCUGCUUCCCACAUCUGGCAAGAUGAUGAUGAUGAUGAUGAUGAUGAUGAUGAUGAUGAUGAUGAUGAUGAUGAUUCUCAAGACAAGCUACUUACGUUUAGAAAUUGAAAUGUAAAAAUAAAUAUUUGUAUAAGAGUUUACAGAAUUAUUUUUAAUACUAAGACAGAAACAGGAAAAUGGUGGGUUUUCAGGUGAGAAGCAAAGUCUUAUGUUGCUGAGACUGACAGUGUGGAGAAAUCUGUAACACAGAGUUUCCUCACUUCUGUCUUCCCAUGAGUCCGCUCAUUUCAUGGGGAGUCAAACCUUUCCUUCCCAGUGAAGGAUCUGAGGCAAUUGUGUUACUUUUUAAUGAAGACUAAUUGCAUUUUUUGGAAGGUGCAAAGUCUGAGUAAAUGCUACAUAAAGCUGAUCCAGCCUGUCUGCACUAGUUCUCCGACUAGCCAAGCACCAAGGGAACGUACUAUUUCUCUCUCAGAGGAAAGUAUUCAGUCUAGAUCUGUUUUGCACAGGGAUUCAUAAGAACUGCUACAGUCUUUCAAAUAAACCAAAAAAAAAAAAAAAAACCACCUCACCUCCGUUACUCUGUUAGGAUAUUUUUCUUUAAGCAAUGAAUGUGGCUAAUUCUUAGAUCCUCUCCGUUCCCGGUGCUUGCUGUAUUUGCCUCCAACUUGAUUUCAUUUGCAUAGUUUCUUGGGGGUAGCUAUAAUUUUUAUGCAAAGCAGUCAGCUUUAUAUUAGACUACGUUUGUUGAUGUCCUUUUUAACUCACAUGACUUUUAGGAAAGCAAGUUUCCCAAGCAAUUUCUACCAAGCGAGAGAUCAGCCAUAUUUUAAUUGGUUCCUUUAUCAAUGAGCUUCGUGAUUAAUUCCCAUUAAUUAUAUCUAAAAGACACAUGUGCCAAGGAGGAUGGUUUGUCAUAGAGACUUUUAGAUCCCACAAACUGGGUGUUGUCAGGAAAUGUUUCUAAUAUAAAGGGAGUCAUCUCCUGCUCUUCCUCCUUCUCCUCCUCUUCCUCCUCCUCCUCCUCUUCCUCCUCCUCCUCUUCCUCCUCCUCCAUAUCUCUGUUUCUCUAUAUGUCUCUCUCUGUUUCAGUCUGUCUUUCUGUCUCUCUCUGUCUCAGUCUGUCUUUCUGUCUCUGUCUGUCUCUGUGUCUCUGUGUGUGUGUGUGUGUGUGUGUGUGUGUGUGUUUAUGUGUGGUAUAGUGUGUGUGUGUGUUGUGUUGUGUUUCAUUGUGUAGCUCUGACUGGCCUGAGACACAUUAUGUAGACCAGGUUUUGAGCUGACAGAAAUGCCGUCCUCUGCCUUCCCAGUUCUGGGGUUAAAGGCACUGCCAUUACACCCCACAACUUCUUAUUGGAGAAUCCUUCUUUAGGAGGCGCUAGGAACCUUUCAUUCACCUCAUUUCGCCCACACAGUCUGAGAUGUAGACAUUUUUAUAUUCUUUUCUUUUAUUAAACGGGCAUCCUCAAAGCAGGUGUGCUAGCCCACUGUGACAUCAAAUGAGCAUCUGGGUGAGCUCUAGGGCCAAAACCAAUGUGUGAUAAGGACACAGGUGUUCUGCUGUCACACAGUUCAUUAAGCCAUUUCCCCUUUAGGGAGACAUUUUUGUUCAGAUGGUAUGAGGAAGCUGUUUUCACUGAAUUGUAUAUUUUAAAUGGGUGAAUUUAUAAUCUGAUGAUUAUAUAUCAACAAAAUGGAUGUAAGAAAGGAAGGGAGCAAGACAGCUACUUUGUCGGGUAUAUAAUCCAUGGUGAUCAGGAGACAAAGGAAGUGAGGUUAAGGAAUGUCUCUCUGUAUUUGUUCAUGAUAUUUCCAGUGACUGAGCUCAGCCUUGUACCUGCUCCUUCUGGUCCUGCCUUAUUCUGUAAAGCUCACACCUUCAGUACAGACUAACAAGCACUGUGUUAAACACAGGCUCUCAUUAGCACUACUGCCCUGACCACCUCCCUCAUCUCCAAUAACUGGGAUUCUUUCCCAUUCGACACUCACAGCUUUAGUCUUCCGAUGGCUUCCCUGAGAGCUGUGCUUGGCUCUCAACUGGGUCAAAAGGUCACAACUGGGCCUGAGAUGACACUCAAAUGCCUUUGUUUGAAUUACCCUCCUCUUCAACCACAUCUUGUUAUGCACCUUCAAUGAACCCUGGAGACAAACAUCGACAAAAUGAUUCUUAAUACACAGGUACCCAAGAGUCACCCAGGGAAAUUGUCAGAUUCUCCAAACUCAGGCUCCUUGUGGAGAAACCAGCUUGCUAAUCGUGAGAGUAGAAUUCCCAGGGUGAAUCUGACGUGAGUCCUGAUUAAGCAUCUUUUAUAGCAGGCAGCACUCACCCUCUUCUGCUAAAGUACUUGUGUUGUGUUCAUUUCCCUCUCCAAACUCUGAGCUGCUUGAAGGCAGACAUCACACUCUGGUCAUUAUUGAGUCCUAGUCCUGGUAUCUUAUGGUAGCUUCUUGGUGUUUACAGAAGAGAGGUUGAACAGUAACCAGCCACACAUGGUUGUCACCAUGGCUCCAAGCACCCUGUUGCCAGCUCACUCUUCUCUCUGUGACUCUGAAACAGACUGUCUACGCUUAUCUGGUCAGCUUCACUUUCUGUUCACAGGAAGAUCUAUUCUGCUCAUGUAUCGGCUGCCAAUUCUCUACUUGUGGCGUAACAGAGAUGUUUAUCGCCCCCAAACUCACUGGUAUUAUCCCUCUCAGAAGUCAAGAAGUCAGCAUUUAUACCCCAAAGGAUAAAUGGCUUUAUACUUUGUCAUCAGAUUAUCCUUAAUAAGCAAUAAGUACAACACAAAUAUUCAUGAUGAUGGCUAGCAUUUUUAGAUGUGCCAGGCACAAUGCUCAGCGGUAGAUACCAUUUACCUCUGAAAGCAGAUUCUACAGAUGCUAUAGAUCACCAUGCUGUGUGCGCAACGCAAAACCGGAGCUUAGUAAACUGAGUCACUUGUCCUGAGCCUGUAAGUAACAGAAAUAAAAUUCAAAUUCGUCUCCUUUUGUCACCACAGACUAUGUUCCCAGCCACUGUGCCAGAUUGUCGCCUCUUCCUUCCCCUAAUAGUCCUGAUUAUCUUCAAGACAAGCCAUGGGAAGCGUAAAUAUUUGAUAGAACAGAGAUAUGAUUCACUGUGUUUUGGAACACUAGUCAUAUGAAAAUGCUAAUUUCUCCCAAAUACAGUUGCUCUUACAUAUUUUAAAGCUGGCUUGAGUUAGAUUAGACAGUUCCUAUAUUGAGAAAUUUGUAAUUCCACCAGGCAUUGGGAAAUUCUGGGGUUGUUGAAAUGAGAUUUCUCAUCAGAGUAAAGAGGUAAUCAAUAUUGAUUGGUAGACAGAAGGCUUCUCAUUUUUACCCUUUGCCCGAUCUUUCUAGGACUGCUCUCCUCUCAGAAGGCCCUUGUGCUAGGCCCAUAUGUUGGAUAACUGUGCCUUGUAUGACAGCCUUCCAUUGGAUGAUAUGUAUUUGUGAGUGCUGAACUCAAAAGAAUGAUUUUCUACAGUAGAACUUAAGAUGCUCAACUAAGGGGCUGAAGAAAUGGAUCUGUGAUUAUGAAAACUGACUAUUCUUCCAGAAGACCUUGAUGCUAGCACCCACAACCAUUUGCAACUCCAGUUAUAUGGGGAUUCAACACCCUCCUUCUGGCCUUCAUAAUCACUGCAUGCAUGUGGUACACAGACAAACACGCAGGCAAAACAUCCACAUACAAAAUAAAAAUACAUGUAUCUAACCAAAAACAAACAAAAAUAUAUUCAACUGUGAAUGUCCUCGGUGACACUUCUGUCUACUCAACCAAGUUUACUUCCAAACACAUCUUGGACUUGAUGAGAUAAACAGCAUCUGCACUAUGCUACCUUGGGGAUCCAUAGGUAAUGGGUAGAUGCUUUACUGAAAGCCAAUUUGUUUCUGGUGCCUACUCCCUGUUCCUCUUAGAACAUGUGCCUAGCAGCCAUCUUGUUGGUUGCUAGUUCCCUCCGAUCAGCAAAUUCCAAUCAAGUUCUAUCUUGGUUUUGUAUGUCCUCGUGUACACGGAGACACAGACGGCAUCCUAAUAACGCUGCUUUCGCACCUCUGGUCACUCGGGGAUGCUAGCUGUUCUUGUCCUGGGAGGACGACACUGUUUUCCCAUUAUUUAGACAUCCUGCUCUUAGUGUGUACUCACCUUGUGAAGAGCCAUUUUAGAGAACUCGGCGAAUGUGAGCAGGAGAAAUGCUUAAAUUAAAUGUUAAUUUGAUUAUGUUUUAUACUUUGCUUGAAUUUCUCUGGCCUCAAUAUUAAAAAGCUCUUAUAAACCUUUUCAACCACUUCACCCUCAAUGGCUUAUGAUGUCAGUGAUUGAUAAUUCUCAAAACCCAUUUUACAUGAUGUCCCAAA